AUGUCAUCAGUCAAGGUAGCCGUUCGUGUACGGCCCUUUAACAACCGGGAGAAAGAAUUUGGAGCAAAAUGUGUCAUCUCAAUGACUGGCAAGACUACAAGUAAGUUUACACAUUAGAGAUGCAAUAAAAUUCUAAUCAAAUAUAAUAAAAAAAUAUUUUCAGCCAUCAGUGGAGGUCCGGGAAACCAAGCUCACAAUUUCAAUUAUGAUUACUCAUACUGGUCGAUGAACAAACCCGAUGCCAACUUUGUCAGCCAAGCUCAGGUCUAUGCGGAACUCGGAGUAGAGAUGUUGGAACAUGCAUUUCAAGGAUACAACGUUUGUAUUUUUGCCUAUGGCCAGACGGGAUCAGGAAAAUCAUACACAAUGAUGGGAAAGCCCAAUGACCCAGAUGAAAUGGGAAUCAUCCCAAGAUUAUGCCGGGAUCUUUACAACCGAGUCGAACAAACGACGGAUCAUAACCUGCAGUAUAAAGUUGAGGUAAGUCCUCGUGCAGUACCGAAAGUAAUGCUUUCUUUAUAGGUGUCUUACAUGGAGAUCUACUGUGAGAAAGUCCGCGAUCUUCUCAGUCGUACUCCCACCGACAACCUUCGAGUCCGAGAGCAUCCAUUAUUCGGUCCGUAUGUGGACAAUCUCGAGAAAAUGGCUGCUCCAUCCUACGAGGAUAUCUUCGAACUUAUGGACUCAGGAAACAAAGCAAGAACAGUCGCCGCGACAAACAUGAAUUCCACUUCAUCCCGAUCACACGCUGUAUUCACAAUUGUUCUGACUCAGAAAUUCCACGACGAGGCCACAAACCUCGACUGCGAAAAGGUCUCCAAGAUCUCUCUGGUCGAUUUGGCUGGAAGUGAACGAGCAAAUUCAACUGGAGCUGAAGGACAGAGACUCAAAGAAGGUGCCAACAUCAACAAAAGUUUGACAACGCUCGGAUUAGUCAUCUCAAAAUUGGCAGAGGAGGUGAGAAGAAUAACAAGAUUGAUGACUUUUAUUUUUUAGGCCAGCCGAAAGAAAGGGAAAGGUGGCCGAAGUGUGGUGCCUUAUCGAGACUCGGUUCUCACCUGGCUUCUACGUGAAAAUCUCGGUGGAAACAGUAAAACAGCCAUGAUCGCAGCACUCAGUCCCGCUGAUAUCAACUUUGACGAGACGUUGAGUACUCUGAGGUAAAAACUAAAUAAAAAAAGUUAAAAUAAACUUUACCUUCUAGGUAUGCCGACCGAGCAAAGCAAAUUGUGUGUCGUGCCAAAGUCAAUGAAGAUCCAAAUGCUCGGCUGAUCCGUGAACUUAAAGAAGAGGUCAAUCGGCUCAAAUCCAUUCUUGUCCAACGAGGAAUCGAGGUCAGCGAACAGGGCGCGGUCUCAGCCAAUCCGCGUGCCUUAUAUUCGGAAGAGGAUACGAUCGAGCAGCUGAAAACGAGUGAAAAAUUGAUCGCGCAACUCAAUGAACCAUGGGAAUCAAAGUUGAGAAAGACCGAAGGUUUCAAGAAAAUGAGAGAAGAGGAGCUCCGGGAAAUGGGAUUGGCGACAUCUGCCGAUGGAAGUGCGUUGGGAGUGUUUUCACCCAAGAAGUCGCCGCAUUUGGUCAAUCUAAAUGAAGAUCCUCUCAUGUCGGAGUGUUUGCUGUAUUACCUAAAGGACGGAAUAACAAGGUAAAGAUCUUACCAUGUAAAAAGUUUCAAAAAACAUUUCCUUCCAAAUGAUCGAAUCUUCUUUUAGAACUGGUCGACCAGAGGCCGAUUCCCGUCCUGACAUCCCAUUGUCCGGCGAAGAAAUCCUCGAUCAGCACUGUCAAUUUGUGAACGAAGAUGGAGUUGUCACACUAGUCCCUGAACCCGGUGCCAAAUGUUUUGUCAACGGGCAAGAAGUGACUGGCCCCACCAAACUUUCCACUGGAUCUCGAGUGAUCCUCGGACGGCAUCACGUUUUCCGUUACAACGAUCCAAUGGAAGCACGACAAUCCAGAUAUAAUCUGGCCGGAGAAGCGAGCAAAGAGCAGCCAAUUGAUUGGAAAUACGCCCAGAUGGAGCUGUACGAGAAACAAGGCAUUGAUCUGAAAAAGGAGAUGGAGAGAAAACUCUGCGACAUGGAACAACAAUUCAGAAAGGAGAUGGAAGAAUUGGAAAGACAACACAAGCGGAAGAACAACGAAUACGAGUCAAGAAUCGAGAGUCUUCAACGUCAGGUUGAUCUAGCCCAAAGCAUGAUCAGCUCGGGAUGCUCAACUUGGGAUGGAGGCGGCGACUUGAUCUUGACCAAGAGCUUGUUGGCUGAAGGUAAGAUCAAUAACUUUCUUUACCGGUAAAUCUACGUAAAUUUACCAGUAAUUUCCCAUUCUCGCGCAACCAGGGGUGGUCGGCAGACCCUAUUUUUCCGAUUUUCGGCCCGCGGCCCGGCCCGUCUAAUCACCGGCCCGGCCCGGCCCGUCUAGUCUUUUUCCAGGCCCGGCCCGUGACGGGCCUGGCCCGGCCCGGCCCGGCCCGUGCAGGCCCGUCUAUAGAGGGUUCUGCGAACUGCGCCCAGGCUCGGGAUCUAAACUGAGGCAAAAAAGGCGUUGAUCUAGCUAGUAAAGGAUCAAUGUGAUAGUUUUGUGGUUUUAUAAUGGAACUAUAGACUUGUAAACGUGUUAGAACUUGAGAAACAGCAACUAUAACAACAUCAAUUAAUUUUCCCGGCGCGAAAACAAUGAAUGCCAACGGUUUGGCAUUUUAAUUUAGACGGGCCGGGCCGGGCCGGAAAAACCCCAGGCCCGCGGCCCGGCCCGGCCCGGCCCGUGACGGGCCCGGCCCGUUUGUCAAUUUCCAUUUUUGAGCCCGGCCGGCCCGGCCCGGCCCGCCGACCACCCCUGCGCGCAACCUUCCGAGCAGAAGAAACAGUUGACACAUUUUUCCGUCACAAUUUGAGACAACUUUUCCUCUCCACGGAACUUUAUCAAACUCUCGAAUAACUUCUCAAUUUUUAGUCAAUGAGGAACGUUGGACUCCGGAUCAAGAACGCAUCGUCCGCCGCGCGGCUCUCAAAUGGAGAUACCAUCAGUUUACGUCAGUUAGAGAUGACCUCUGGGGCAAUGCGAUCUUCCUCAAGGAAGCCAACGCAAUCGCCGUGGAAUUGCGAAAACGGGUCCAGUUCCAGUUCUGUCUUCUGACUGAUACCAUGUACUCGCCAUUGCCACCUGACUUGCUCCCACCUGGAGAAGAUCUGACUCAACGGCCGCAUCCGAAGACGGUAGUCGCCAUUCAAGUGAAAGACCUGAAGAACGGAGCAGUUCAUUAUUGGAGUCUGGAGAAACUAAAGUGAGUCUUAAGCUUUUUCUAGGCUUGAAAAGGAGGAUUCAACCUAUUUGAGCUGAAUGAAAACGUGGUUUCGUCCUCCGAAAAAAUUAAUGGUUUAGUUACCUAAAGUAAUAUUAUUUUUGUGCUUCUCUUGUUAACACGUGCUUCCACCUGUAUGAUUACUUUUCCAAUAUGGUGAUAGGAAACUGGCUUGGCUUGCUAUGCUCCGUUUCGACUGUUCUGUCAACUAAAACAACUUAUCCUUUUGAUAUCAUUUGUAUACCUAAUUUUUAAAACCGUCCUCUCGCUUGCACUGCUCGGACUCUUGUAAUCUCACUUGAUUCUAGACAACGAUUGGAGGAUAUGCGACGACUCUACAAUUCGGAUAUUUCGGAAGCCGUCACGCCGGAGAAUCGGUUCGCCAACGUGAAUGAGAUGAUCGCCGCCAUGGUCGUUCAACCCGAAGCUGUCGCCAAUCAGUUGUCCGUCGCUGAUCCAGCAAGGUAUCGCACUUGUUUAUCGAACUAAAUGAAUCGUAAUGCAUGUGUGUAGCAUCCAUAGUGUUUAGUUUUCACAACACUUCCACCUGAAUGUUGUCUUUGUCCCACAAUAAUAUUUAUUGAAAUAAUUUGCUUUUAUAACGUUUCUGCACGUCUAAUGAACCUAUUAUUUCAGAAAUCGUCUUCAUGGUAUGAGAGAUGCCUAUAAUAAUACAGAUACCAUUGACAGUCCGGACGACGACGUCUCCAUGGAUGUUUGGAUGGGCACUGAUCCGUUCUACGAUCGUUUCCCAUGGUUCCGACUGGUCGGAAGGUAGGUUUGGGUAUUCAUUGUUAGGUCUAGUAAAUGAACAAGUACUCGUCGUUUUGGCUUGACAACCCUAUUAUUCCCCCUCCCACUUUCUCUCCACGCCCUCCUCUUUUCACCGCACUUUCCCCGCUUUGAGCGAUUGAUUGCUGUAAUUGCGGGCGCCUUUUCAGAGCCUUCGUCUACAUGUCCAACCUGCUGCACAACGUCCCACUGAUCCACAAAGUGGCUGUUGUGAAUGAGUCGGGUGAUGUGAAGGGAUAUCUUCGAGUUUCCAUUGAGCCCAUCCUGAAUGAUGACAAGAAACCGACCAAAUGCGGAGUGCGGCAGUCGGCGAGACUCAAUUUCCGAAAAGAAGACUUUAUGAAGUCGAAGCGACGACAAAUCAGUGAUAGUGUUGGCCCAGACGAAUCGAAUUCUGAGACCGAUUCUGGGGUGGAGGAUCUGGACGCCGAGUUCCCAAAACACAUUUUGAAAGACAAAGAGUUCAGCUUCAAGGUUACGGUAAUUGAAACCAUCGACAUCCCGGUUCAUUAUACCGAUGUCUUCUGUCAGUUCAAGUAAGUUUCUUUUUGUUUGUGGCUCUUUUCUUUUAGGUUUUUAUAGAAUAAGCUCUUAUUUUAGCUUCCUCCAUCGUCACGAUGAAGCCUUUUCCACCGAGCCAGUUCAUCAAAAACCCACCAAGACCAGCGGAAAUGCCCUGAAAUUCGAUCAUGUUCAAGAACUCCGCACCACCGCUAACUCAGCGUUCGUUCAUUACCUUCAGCAUUUCCCAGUGAUUUUCGAAAUUUUCGGUCAUCUGGAUAAAGGAGCGACCGAAUUGGAAGACGAGUUUGAGAUUGACAGUCCACACAUGCCUUUGUCGUAAGUUGUAUUUGCUUAUUAUUUGAGUCCGUUUUUAGAAAGAAAGUGUCUUCCAAGUUGGCUUAUCAACAGCCAUCUUUGGCCAUUUCAACUCCAGUCAAGUCUAAUCGAAAACACGGAGGCAAUGUUCACGCGUCGUAAGUCUUGACGUUUUUUUUUUUGUUUCUUGUUCUGUUUUUAGAUGUCUAUGAAUUUCACGUCAGGAAUGAUCUUUUUCUUUUCCAGGCUAAACCAAGUCCGCCAAAAACACGAUCUCCUUGUGUGGUUUGAGAUUUGCGAACUCAACAGCAACGGCGAAUAUCUCCCCGCAGUGGUGGAUCACAACAGUUUCCCAACUCAUGGAAUCUUCCUUCUCCAUCAGGGAAUCCAACGCCGCAUUAAGAUCACAAUUUGCCAAGAGAAAGGAGAUCUCCGUUGGCGAGAUUGUCAAGAGCUGGUGGUUGGCCGGAUCCGCACUCAAGUCGAAUGGGCUGGAGAAGACUCGGACGUCUUGUCGCUGGGACUGUUCCCCGGAAACUAUCUCGAGUUCUCAAUGGAUGAUCGGGUCUUCUUCCAGUUCGAAGCCGCAUGGGAUUCCUCCUUGCAUAACUCCCCGUUAUUGAAUCGGGUUUCCAAUUAUGGAGAGUAUGUGUACAUGACCUUGAGCGCUUAUAUGGAGGUGGAAAACAGCCCACAUCCGGCUGUGAUCACCAAAGAUUUGUGCAUGGUAAUUUAUGCCAGAGACUCAAAGAUUUCAGCGGCGAGCAGGUCAGUGAUUUAAAAGUUUUUAAGCGUUUGAUAUUUUUGUUGAUCUCCUACCGUAAUUUCAGGUUCUGUCGCUCGCUGAUGGGAAGCAUUUCGAAGAGCCCGGAGAUGAAUCGCGUACCCGGCAUUUACAUGUUGUCCAUGAAGGAGCUGGGUGACACAGGUAGUCCAGGUUCGCCAACGCUGGUUUCUUUUUUCUUUGUUAGCGGCUGGAGUUGUAUUUAACACUGAUUUUCGGUUCCUUCUAACAUCCGCUUGAUCUUUUUUCCAAGCUAGACGGUUUGAAAUGAAUAGAAAGCUUGUAUUAGGUCGUCCAUAAAGUUCGUUCGUUUUUUCAUUGCUUUGUUUUACAAGGAUAGUUUGUUAUUUAACAAAUGGAAUAUAUUUAUUUGAUACAGCUUUUUCUCCUCUACAAAACUGGCUGUAUCAAAUGGAUAUAUACAAUUUGCCAGACAAAAAACAAUCCUCGUAAAACAAAGCGAUGAAAAAAAACGAACGAACUUUCUGGACAACGUAAUGAUUGUAACUUUUGGCUGGUUGCGGUGACUAACAAGUGUAUUAAUGGGGCAAUAGAAGCUUAACACCUUACCCUGUCCUUUCUCCUAACUCUGACUGUAACACUUUGAUAAUUUAUUGCGAAUUCGUCGCACAAAACCGCUUGUUUUAGGAGCUGUCCGACGUCAACGUCGAGUUCUGGACACGUCGUCGACUUAUGUCCGUGGAGAAGAGAACCUAGGCCUCUGGCGACCGCGAGGAGACUCCUUGAUCUUUGAGCAUCAAUGGGAAUUGGAGAAACUGACCAAGUUGCAGCAGGUCGAAAGAUUCCGACUUUUCCUCCGUCUUCGACACAAGUUGAAGUCCAAGUCGAAGAAGUCAUCGGAUCCACCGACUCCAUUAAGCCCCACAGCUCCCAAAUGCCCCAUUCCGGAUAAAGUGGUCCUAAAUGAAACGGAGAAAUCGAUUGCGGAGAAGGUGAUCAGACUUAUCAAGUUGAAGAUCCCGAUGAAUAAAGAGUCCCCAACUGGAAAUGCCGUCGAAUCUGUGGACUCUUCGUUGAGCAACAGCGCUGUUUCACCAACCAAUGAACCGGUUAAAGUACAUGCAGCUCCACUUGGAGAUCUAACCAGAUCGAAGUCGAGAAGUGACCAUAAUCUGGCGGGAUUGUGCGUUGAGAACGAUGGAAUGAAACGAUCGGUUAGUGGAUCCCAGCUGAGCCAGAUUUCAACCAGCAUCCCGGAUGUAAGUGGAAAAAAAUGUACAGGGUGGGGCAUCUUUGUGGCCCGAUUUGAAUUGGGUAUAACUUCUUUAGUCUUUGGCCAAAUCUUAAAAUUCUUUUUUUCCCUGAAUCCUCAGACAACCCCAUUUUGUCUGAUACCAAAUAUCUUAUGCAUAGGUAAGUGUCAUUUUACAGCUAUUGGAUUUAUUCUUGAAGUUCAUUUUUUCGGUCGUUUUUGCGGUCUUUUCGGUGCACGUGCUUCAUUUUAGAACACACCGAGAAGACCGAAAAAACAACCGAAAAAAUGAACUCCAAGAAUGAAUCCAAUAACUGUAUAUGAAACUUACCUAUGUAUAAGAUGUUUGGUAUCAAACAAAAUGGGGAUGUCUGAGGAUUCAGGGGAAAAAAGAAUUUUAAGAUUUGGCCAAAAACUAAAGAAGUUAUAGCCAAUUCAAAUCGGGCCACAAAGAUGCCCACCCUGUAGAUAAAGUUGCUUUUUAUAGAUGCUAGUCAUCGGUCUCAAUACGUUUUGUUUCAGGUAACUGAAGAACGCGUCAGCACAGUUGUCAGCAAAAAAGGAGAAAUGAAUUUCCUGGAGGAGAAGACGAACGGAUGGAUUAAGAGAUAUGUGGUGAUCAGAAGACCAUACAUCUUGUUAUACCGCGAUAGCAAAGACUUGGUCAUCCGAGGCGUCAUCAACUUGGCCAACGCUCGAAUCGAAUACUCGGAGGAUCAGCAGGCCAUGCUGAAAGUGCCCAAUACCUUCAGCGUUUGUACAAAUCAUCGCGCCUUCCUCAUGCAAACCUUGCCCGAAGAUGAUGUGGGUUUUUUGUAGAUUUUUUUGGUUGAAAUUUAGGUUAUGACGAAGUGAAAAUCUAAAUAAUUUUAGAUUCACGACUGGCUUUACGCGAUCAACCCGUUGAUGGCCGGCCAAAUGCGCUGCAUUCGCCAACCGGUUCCGGAGACCCCGGUGAAUGGAAGCGCUAAUGCAUCGUCAUAA